GCCGGCCGGAAGCGGCGGUGCACUUCGGCUGCGCAUGCGCUCCUCACACGUGCUUCCAGAACGCCCCCUCCGCUGCCGCAGCUAGGCCGGCAUCAUGGUGCAGAUUUCUGCCCUGCGGCUGCUAAGACGGCCGGGGACGAGAGGAGUCUCGCUCCUGGAGUACUCUACCCCCCGCCACUACAGUUCGGCCCCUCUCCGUGCCCGCGACGAUGCUCGCGACGCGCGCGCUUUCUUCACGACACCCAUUUUCUACGUGAACGCGGCGCCGCACAUCGGGCACCUGUACUCGGCGCUACUGGCAGACGCCUUGUGCCGCCACCGUCGCCUCCGAGUUCCCAACGCCGCCGCCACGCGAUUCUCCACUGGUACCGACGAGCAUGGCCUGAAGAUUCAGCAAGCAGCAGCCGCUGCGGGCCUGGCCCCGACCGAGCUGUGCGACCGAGUCUCUGCCCAGUUCCAGCAGCUUUUUCGGGAGGCUGGCAUCUCCUCUACCGACUUCAUCCGCACCACCGAAGUCCGGCACCGGAUCGCUGUGCAGCAUUUCUGGGGAUUGCUGAAGGCCCGGGGUCUGCUCUACAAGGGUCUCUAUGAAGGUUGGUAUUGCGCCUCCGAAGAGUGCUUCCUGCCUGAGGCCAAGGUCACCAGGCAGCCGAGUUCCUCGGGGAAUUCGUGUCCUGUGUCUUUAGAGAGUGGGCAUCCCGUAGUCUGGACCAAGGAAGAAAACUACAUUUUCAGGCUUUCUCAGUUCCGAGAGCCUCUUCAGCAGUGGCUGCGGGGCGACCCUCAGGCAAUCACCCCUGAGCCAUUUCAUCACGCAGUUCUUCAGUGGCUAGAGGAGGAGCUGCCAGACCUGUCAGUCUCUCGAAGGAGCAGCCACUUGCAUUGGGGCAUUCCUGUGCCCGGGGACGACUCGCAGACCAUCUACGUAUGGCUGGAUGCCUUGGUCAACUACCUUACUGUAAUUGGCUACCCAAAUGCUGAGUUCAAAUCUUGGUGGCCAACCACCUCUCAUAUCAUAGGCAAGGACAUUCUUAAAUUCCACGCUAUCUAUUGGCCUGCCCUCCUCUUAGGGGCCGGCAUGAGCCCACCACACCGCAUCUAUGUCCACUCACACUGGACGGUCUGUGGCCAAAAGAUGUCCAAAAGCUUGGGCAACGUGGUGGAUCCCAGGACUUGCCUUGAUCGCUAUACUGUGGAUGGCUUCCGAUACUUUCUUCUUCGGCAGGGCGUCCCCAACUGGGACUGUGAUUACUAUGAUGAAAAGGUGGUUAAGUUGCUAGAUUCGGAGCUGGCAGAUGCUUUGGGAGGUCUCUUGAACCGGUGUACUGCCAAUAGAAUAAAUCCUUCUGGGACCUAUCCGGUUUUCUGCACUACCUGCUUUCCCAGUGAGCCAGGGUUGGUGGGGCCGUCAGUUCGUGCUCAGGCAGAGGACUAUGCUUUGGUGAAUGCAGUGGCCACUCUGCCCAAGCAGGUAGCUGACCACUAUGAUAACUUUCAGAUCUAUAAAGCUCUGGAGGCAGUGUCCGGCUGUGUCCGGCAAACUAAUGGCUUUGUCCAAAGGCAUGCACCGUGGAAGUUGAACUGGGAGAGCCCAGUGGAUGCCCCCUGGCUGGGUACUGUGCUUCAUGUAGCCUUGGAAUGUUUGCGAGUCUUUGGAACUUUGCUCCAGCCUGUCACCCCAAGCCUAGCUGAUAAGCUGCUAUCCAGGUUGGGGGUGUCUGCCACAGAGAGGGGCCUUGGAGAGCUCUGUUUCUUGCCUCGAUUCUAUGGACAUCCAUGUCCUUUUGAAGGGAGGAGGCUGGGACCUGAAACUGGGCUCUUGUUUCCAAGACUAGACCAGUCUAGGGCCUGGCUGGUAAAAGCCCAUAGGACCUAGAAACUUAGUUUUUAAAUUGGCUUGUGGUAAAAAAGCAAAUGUGUUAUUUUCUUAUUUUGCGUUUUUAGGAAAAUUAUGCUAAUGUUUUCUAAAGUGUUGUAUCAUAUGAGCACAUAAACAGUGUCACUGUGA